AUGUCUGCCUCUAUAGCACCUGAGUGCAAUGAUAUCAAAGAGAAAUAUGACACCUGCUUUCUCAAAUGGUACAGUGAAAAAUACCUUCGUGGCAAUACAACAUCCAAUGACUGCGAAGAGCUGUUCUCUAAAUACAAGACAUGCUUAAAUAAAGUGUUGAAAGAAAAAGGCAUAGAUUCUAUGCUGGAAGAUGCUCGGAAGGGUAACGCUGAGAAUGAUGCUGAGCACCUUCGGAGGAGUUGA